UUUUCAUCCAUUUUGGGUUGCAAGCGGGCUUUCGUCCCUUCUUCUUCCCAGCGGGAUCGCAUCGAUUGAUCCUCUUAUUCUUGUGAAUUAGGUUUGGGAUUUCGAUGCUGAUGUGAAUUUUCGUCUCUGGAUUUCGCUUCGUUUGAUUGUUUGGAGGUUUAAAAUGGUGGAUUUUUGGUGGUUUUUGAGUUUUUGAUGGAGGGAUUGGGGGUGAUUGAUCCUGGGAUUCGAGUCCGGGGAUUGGUUUGGGUUUUAGAAGGUGUUGGGUGGUCGUCGCCGGCGAAGGGGAGGACGGUGAGGAUGGCGCUGAGAGGCAGUGGAGGAGGAAGAGGAGGAGGGGAUGGGGAUUGCCGGAUCUGCUUGUCUGCUGGGGAUCUUUGGGUUAGGGUUGCUGGUGCGGAUGGAGGUGGGGAGUUUGUUGGCCAGGUUGGGGGAUUCAGCCAUGAGAGUGAGCAUGACCUUGCGGUCAUGGUGAGCGAUUUCUUGGAGAAUGGGAGCGGCGGAGCUGAGUCGAGGUACAGCAGCGAUAGCGAUUCUGGCUUCUCGGAUCUCGGCCACCUCGCUGAGAGAGUAUUGUUGUGUAAACAUACUGUGGAUGAAUAUCAGAUCAAUUUGCUGUCAGCUGUGCAUUCUCUACUGCGUUCCAUGGACGAGACUGACCUUCAUCACAUGAAUGAUGCUCCAUGCAACGGCAGCUGCAUUCGACAAACAAUAGUAAAGAGUCUGAGACUCUCUGGAUAUGAUGCUGCAGUUUGCUCUUCCAAAUGGCAGGGUUAUGGUAAAGUUCCAGGAGGUGACCAUGAAUACAUUGAUGUGAGUCUUGAUGGAAAUUCAGAAGAUUCCGACCGCCUAAUUGUCGAUAUUGACUUCCGGAGCCACUUUGAAAUAGCAAGAGCCAUUGAGUCCUACGACACAGUCUUGACUUCCCUUCCAGUUGUCUAUGUUGGUUCACUAUGUAGACUGGAAGAAUUCCUGCAAGUCAUGGUUGAAGCCUCUAAAUGUUCUCUUAAGCAAAACUCAAUGCCACUGCCUCCAUGGAGGUCACUAGCUUAUCUCCGAGCCAAAUGGCAUUCAAAGUUCGAAAGAAUGCAUUAUGAGGAGGAUGAAGAAGAAAGUCUUAUUGGUAAUUUCAAUCCUUGUGAUCACAAACAGUGCAGAGGACAUUUGAGAAGAUUGAAAGCAUCACUGCAAGGAGAAAUGGAGAUGGAUAGGUUGUUGAAGCCAGUGAACAAUGAGAAGAAAAGAAGAGUAAAAUUUGAUAGGCAAAGACAAUCACUGCUCAGCAGCUAAUAAAAUACUAAAUGUAUAGUGUUUUCAAUUUCUCUUUUUUUAUAGCAAAGAGUGUGAUGAAGAAGG